AUGGCACCGCUACCAACUGAUCCCUCAGUCCGUGACCUCACCCUCUCCUCGCUUGAACUCGACUCGCGUACCUCCCCCAUUGACCUUCCAGCCUAUCCCUCCUCCCUCUCACUUGCGGAGCUGGAACUUCUCAGUACCACACCACCUUUCAAUGGCCUCACCAAACGCACAACAAUGCUCAAUCCUCAGCUCCUCUCUAACCCCCUCACCGCGCACACCCACCUCACUGCCCGCAACCCGGCACCGCAAUCGGCCAAAUUCGGCUCCGGCGCCGUCCCGCCAAACUCCAUAAACAUGAAAGGCAUCCAAGCCCUCUUCGCGCUGAUCGGCCUGUUCUUCGUCGUGGUGGGCAUCUGGUUCUUCUUCUGGGCCAAGAACGGCGGGUUCAAGUGGCGCAAGGGGGAUUGGGAGGAUUACAAGAGCACCGUACUUAGACGAAAGGGGCCGGAUGGGAAAACAUUGAGUAAUGCAACGAAGAGUACGAAGUUGGGGGGAGGAAGCGUGGUCGCCAGUGGAUACAGUGAUGAGGAUGGGACAAUGACGGAGCUGAGUAGUGAGGCGCCGAUCAUCAAAGAGAAAGCCCACAAGAAGGGGAAGAAUGGGAAGAAGGCAGGUAAUGGAAUAAGAGGUGGUGGAAGGGCAGAAAAGGAUAAAGCACAAAAGCUGCGUCAGCAAAAGGAAGAGCGAUGGGAAGGCGGUUUCGACGACGAUGUCCGCGCCUACCGACACGAGAAACCGGCUAAGAUUGGGGGGAUGAAUCGGGAUUCCGAUGCCCAGUUCUACGGCACAGAUUACUCGGAAACCGACCCCUCCUCCUUCGGCGGCGGUGGCCAACGACAACCUGCACACAGACAGAGCAGCCGGCAGAGCAGCCGGCAGAGCAGUCCGGAUCAAUACUACAGCCACCCUCACCCCCCUCCUCCAUCUCACCAUCAUCGUCGUCAUAGCUCGCAGCAGCGGCAGAGCAGACGCGACUUCUCCUACGGCAACGAAGAUGCAUUCACUGUCACAUCGACUCACUCUUCCACCACCAUGCCUCCUCCUUCAGUAGCAGCAGCAGCACGACCAACCCGGUACGCGAGUCCAAGCAAACCCGCCACAGCACCGAGAAGCGCAGCGAGCAGACCGAGCACCAUCUCCGGGAGUUAUGUCGAGCCCUUGGAUUUCGACAACAUGAGCCAGGGCACCAAGAGCUAUCAUCAUCCGAUUCCAGGACUGAGCGCUGCUGCGAAUGCGGGAGGAUUCAGGAAGGGAGGGAGGGGGAGGAGGGAUAGCUUGGAUGAUAGCGACUGA